AGGAAGGUCGCGCUACGUCCUGCCCGUCGCGCGCGACGUGUGCCGUGGUCGCGUUAGCCGGUCGUGUGCAGCAUGUAAACACGUCGUUUUUUCUUUUUUUUUUCUUUUUUAAAUUACUGCCGUUUUUCUUAAACAGUUAAACUUCCGGCGACAUGGAGGAGGCGGAGAUCCCGGAGGAGUUGUUAGUUAAGCAGCAACGAAAAGAGAAGAAGGACCUUCAGGCCAAAAUUCAGAGCCUGAAAAAUGCUGUACCAAAGAAUGACAAAAAAAGAAGAAAGCAGCUGAUGGAAGACGUCGCGAAGCUGGAAGCAGAACUUAACCAGAAACACGAGGAGGAACGAAAACAACUGAAGAGUUCGGUCGCUGGAGAUCAGGCUGACAUUCUUGCCAAUGGAGUUGAGACCUUAGCUUUAGAAGGUGAAGAAGGCAAAGUUACCAAGCAAGGUCCUCCAAGAACCUCCAAGGCCCAGAAGAGGCGGGAUAAAAAGGCUGCUCUGGAGAAGGAGAGGGAAAUCAGGAUCGCGGAGGCAGAGCUUGAGAACCUGACUGGAUCGCGGCACCUGGAGGGCCAGAAGCUGUCGCGACUGUUGGCCGAGAGGCAGCUGCAGAUUCGGGAGAUCCCAUCGGAUGGACACUGCCUAUAUCGUGCUGUGGAGGACCAGCUAGGGUCGCGCGGGUUAAGCCUCGGCGUGGCAGAGCUCCGUACUCGGACCGCCCAGCACAUGAGAAACCAUGCUGAUGACUUUCUCCCUUUCCUCAUCAACUCCAACACAGGCAACAUGUACACGGCCGAUGAGUUUGAGAAGUAUUGCAACGAAGUUGCAGAUACGGCAGCCUGGGGCGGACAGCUGGAGCUGCGAGCUCUGACACAAGUCCUUCAAACUCCAAUAGAGGUUAUUCAAGCAGACUCUCCCACUAUUGUGAUUGGGGAAGAGUUCAACACGACACCAGUCACUCUUGUCUAUAUGCGACAUGCUUACGGGCUGGGAGAGCAUUACAACUCGGUGGAACUUCUGAAGGAGACCCCUGGCGAAGAGGAGGGUUGAAAAGAGAUGGGUUCCACCAUGGAUCAUGUGCUUCACUCCUGGCGUAUUAAAGGAAAGCUCUUGGACAAAGCUGCGAUGGGAGGAACAGCACAUGGCUCUGAACUGACAGCUGGAAUACAUUUUAUGUGCAAUUGCAUUUUAAGUGACAAAAAAAUGUUAAGGUUUUUGGCCCAAAAAAUGUAACUGUUUAUAUGCAUCAGUUCUUGAAGGUGGACAGUCUAGUAGUUUAGAAAGUAUACACAAUUCAGGGUCACGGUUUGGUAAUGUAAGACUAUUGAAGGCAAACGCCAAAAUGUGUUGUCAGCAUUACAAUUAAAGUAAACGAAAAGUUGGA